AGAGGUAGUCCAGUAGACGCACCACUUAAUUUGGACCCAGGAGCCUGGGGUUUGAAUCUUGACGAAGAUCCAGCCAAAACAACAAAGGAGGAUGGACCAUAUGAGGGGGAGGAGAACCAGGACAGAGGUCCCUCUUCUCCGAUGUGCCCAGAGAACAUUUGCCUCCCAGACCUCGGGGGAGCUCAAAGUGACUCAGAUCCUAAAAGAGAAGUUUCCUCAGGCAACAAAUAUCAAGGUCACAGACAUUUCAGGUGGUUGCGGGUCCAUGUAUGAAAUCCAUAUAGAGUCAGAAGAAUUUGAAGACAAGCGUAUUUUACAACAGCACCAGAUGGUUAACAAGGCGCUAAAAGACGAGAUCAAAGAGAUGCAUGGGCUGAGAAUAUUCACGUCGGUCCCAAAGCACUGAAGCCUUGCUGGGGGCCUAGGGCUACUGCUCCUGCCGCCGCUGGAAGGCGUCCUGGGCGUCCCCAGGACGGAUGCCAUUCUCCCAAAGCGUUUGCCCU